CGUGCUAGUGGGCGGUUGGUGCGAGACGGUGAGCCGUUUGAACCGUUGCUCUGCUGAGGCGGAAACAUUGAAAUUUAACAAUUUCUUCUUACAGUCAGGGGUCAAAUUCAACGACGUGACUCGCCUUCGUAAACACGGUGUGUUUUAUGCUAAAGCUUGACGUAAAGUAGGGAACCGGCAGCUUUUAUUCCCCCCCUCUCUUCGACUCUGGUGAAGCCGGUGUCGCGCAAAGUGAAUCGCUCCCUCCUCCCGAGCUAACUGCUAGCAUUUAGCCGCCGAGCUAACGCUACAGCUAGCCGGCUAAUCCCGCAACACAAAGGACGACUUUGCCAGUGUUUGUUACAUCGAUCCCGGAUCACUCCGUUGAAUGAGGACUGAGUCUCCUGUGCAGGUUGAUCAUGGUGCUGACGGGGAAGCGCUCGGAGAAAGGUCCUGCCUGCUGGAAGAGGAGGGUGAAGUCUGAGUACAUGAGGCUUCGGCAGCUGAAGCGCUUCAGACGGGCCGACGAGGUCAAGAGCAUGUUCAACACCAACCGCCAGAAAAUCAUGGAGCGAACUGACAUUUUGAACCAGGAGUGGAAGACCAGGCGGAUCCAGCCAGUUCACAUCAUGACGUCUGUCGGCUCGUUGAGAGGCACCCGGGAGUGCACGGUGGACAGCGGGUUCUCAGAGUUCCCCCGGCAGGUCAUCCCCCUGAAGACGCUCAACGCCGUGGCCUCCGUCCCGGUCAUGUACUCGUGGUCCCCGCUGCAGCAGAACUUCAUGGUGGAGGAUGAGACGGUGCUUCAUAACAUCCCUUACAUGGGAGACGAGAUCCUGGACCAGGAUGGUACUUUCAUAGAGGAGCUCAUCAAGAACUAUGACGGCAAAGUCCACGGAGACAGAGAGUGCGGCUUCAUCAACGAUGAGAUAUUCGUGGAGUUGGUCGGCGCUCUGACACAGUACAGCGACAACGAGGAUGACGAGGAGGAGGAAGAACAGGACUUCAAGGUAGACAAGGUGGAGUUAUGUGACAGCAAGGAGCAACCAGAGGACCCCUGCAAGGACGGGCUCAUUAACAAUGAGAGCCAAACCAGCAAUGACAGCACCAAGAAGUUUCCCUCUGACAAGAUUUUUGAAGCCAUCUCCUCCAUGUUCCCUGACAAAGGCUCCACUGAGGAGCUCAAAGAGAAGUACAAGGAGUUGACUGAGCAGCAGCUGCCCGGCGCGCUGCCCCCUGAAUGCACGCCGAACAUCGACGGUCCAAACGCUCGGUCCGUGCAGCGCGAACAGAGCCUGCACUCCUUCCACACUCUGUUCUGCAGACGCUGCUUCAAAUACGACUGCUUCCUCCACCCUUUCCAUGCAACUCCAAACACCUACAAGCGCAAGAACCUGGAGAACCUGGUAGACAGCAAACCCUGCGGCAUCGACUGCUACAUGUACCUGGUGCAGGAUGGGAUGGUGGCUGAGUUCCCUGCAGGCGUGGUUGCAGAACGGGCCAAGACGCCCUCCAAACGCACCGUGGGCCGGCGCCGCGGACGACUGCCGAACGGCAACAGCCGACCCAGCACUCCCACCGUUUCCUCGGAAACCAAAGACACGGACAGCGACCACGAGGGCAGCAAAGACGACGAGCGAGACAACGACAAAGACGACGAGGACAAGAAGGACGAGACCACCAGCAGCUCAGAGGGGAACUCCCGGUGUCAGACUCCUGUGAAGAUGAAGCUGACAGGUGAGGCUGAAGCGGUGGACUGGAGCGGGGCCGAAGCCUCUCUGUUCAGGGUCCUCAUCGGGACGUACUACGACAACUUCUGCGCCAUCGCACGGCUGAUAGGCACCAAGACCUGCAGACAGGUUUACGAGUUCAGGGUGAAGGAGUCGAGCAUCAUCGCUCGGGCCCCGGCUGAAGACGAGGACACGCCGCCUAGAAAGAAGAAGAGGAAGCACAGACUGUGGGCCACUCACUGCAGGAAGAUCCAGCUGAAGAAAGAUGGCUCGUCCAAUCACGUGUAUAACUACCAGCCGUGUGACCACCCGCGGCAGCCCUGCGACUCCUCGUGUCCCUGCGUCACCGCUCAAAACUUCUGCGAGAAGUUUUGCCAGUGCAGCUCCGAGUGUCAGAACCGUUUCCCAGGUUGUCGCUGCAAAGCGCAGUGUAACACCAAGCAGUGUCCCUGCUACCUGGCAGUGAGGGAGUGUGACCCCGACCUCUGCCUGACCUGCGGCGCUGCAGACCACUGGGACAGCAAGAACGUGUCCUGCAAGAACUGCUCCAUUCAGAGAGGCGCCAAGAAGCACCUGCUGCUCGCCCCCUCAGACGUGGCAGGUUGGGGCAUCUUCAUCAAAGAGCCGGUCCAGAAAAACGAGUUCAUCUCAGAGUACUGUGGAGAGAUAAUCUCUCAGGAUGAAGCCGACCGCAGAGGGAAGGUCUACGACAAAUACAUGUGCAGCUUCCUCUUCAACCUCAACAACGACUUUGUUGUUGACGCCACCAGGAAAGGCAACAAGAUCCGCUUUGCCAACCACUCUGUCAACCCUAACUGCUAUGCAAAAGUGAUGAUGGUGAACGGGGAUCACAGGAUAGGAAUCUUUGCUAAGAGAGCCAUCCAGACCGGGGAGGAACUCUUCUUCGACUACAGGUACAGCCAGGCUGACGCUCUGAAGUACGUCGGGAUCGAGCGUGAGAUGGAGAUCGCCUGACUCAGACUUCUACCUCCCCGUGGAUCAGCGACACAAAGGCCUUACACUCAAACACAAACACACCUUCACUUCAGGAAACCAGACGACUUGUCAAAAAGCUAGAGCGCUUCAGGAUAACUGGGAAUAUUUGAAGCAGAUUUUUUGUUGCCGUUUUUUUUUUUUUUCUGCCACCUCGGUCUUUUUUUUUCUUUUUUUUUUUUUUUAAAGAAACUUUUCAUAUCUUCAGAUUUUUUUCUUUGUGUCGUUUUUUUUCUUCUGUCGAUAAAACCUCCUAAUCUGUGGGGGCGGGAGUCUCAGAUUCCUGAAUCUUCCGUCAGCUGAAGGUGCAGCCCUCCUGCAAACUGACACUCGUGUUGUUUUUUAAAAAUAUCUAAACGUUCUGCGGCGAGAGGAGACAAACCCGCGACUGUUAUUUUUAAAAACUGGCUUUUCAAUUUAACCUUCAGGGACCAAAAAUCCUCCAGCAGCCGCCUGGACUCUGUUUGUGCCGUGUGCCACAUGUUGUGUUUUUAUACAGCGAGAACUGAACCAGCGACUGUAGAACAGGAGGCCGUUCACAAAGCAGCGUCGCACCAGAACACCUGUGCGCUCUGUUAGUGAACUACAGUAUAGCUGAAUAUUAUUGGCUCGGGUCGGACAAAACUACACGUUUGCAAAAAAAAUAAUUGAUUAGUUGUCAGUUAAUAAAUUAAUCUGCAAAUAUUUUGAUAAUCAAAGAAGAGAUGAAAAAUUCUGAUUCCAGCUUCUUAAAUCUGAAUAUUUUCUCUGACCGUAAACUAAAUAUUUUUAGGUGUUGGACAAAACAAUCAUCAUUUUAAAGACCAAACAGCUAAUCGAUUAAUUUAGAAAGUCGUUGACAAUGAAAACUAUCGUUAGUUGCAGCCUUAGUUUGGAGACUGUCUUUUUGGACAUUUUGUAGAUGAGAACAUUAUAUUAAUGGAGAAAAACUGCCAAUGAAAUAAUUCAGUUUCAAACCUGGAUUAAGUUAUUGAACAACAGUUUGACGUGUGUUCGAGAGAACAAACAGAAUAUUUAUUAAUGAAAUCCAAACGUCGGCUUUAUGAGUCCCGAAACGGUUCAUAUUCUUAAUUGUUUUGUUGUUUUUUUUAUCUAGAACGUGUCAGAAUGGUGAAAAGGGUUCAUCGUGAGUUCACCAGAGUCACGUUUUAUCUGAUCCAACGGUCCAAAACCUCAAAGAUAUUCAGAAAAGCAGGAAUUCCUGAAGAAGCCGCACUCAGAGAAUCUUUUGACAUAUUGUGCUCGUUAAAUUAUUACUUUUCUAAGUAAUUUAUCAAAGCUGUUGCUGAUAAAUUUUCUAUCUGACAACUUUAAUCUUCUGUCGAAGUUGUUCCAGAAAACUUUUUGUUCAGACGAGACAUGACGGAGAGAUUUCUUUAAUUGACUUCAAAAUAUUUCAUUGGCUAAAAAAAAACAACAAAGAGCGAAUUCCACUCAGGCUGCAACUUUUAUGGGACCUCGUGAUGCCCACAGAAAAAUCCGGUUUUAUUAUUAUUAUUAAGUUACGAGGUGACACCGAGAGAGCUGGAUGUUGUUGUUGUUUUCUGGCGCUCGACUCUGCUUUGUGACGCCUCUGCUUCAGGUGCUUAACGUGAGAACACAGAACCAGCACUCGUUCACCACGACAGGAAACUCAAACUUCCUGUUGUGAACACGCUUUUUUUUUUUACCAAACUCGACCACAACCACACCGAUUUGAAGGUUUAUUCACGUUCCCCUCGCUGCGCUCCACUCGGACCGACCCGCUAUUUAAAGUCGUCCUUGUUAAAGUGCUGAUCUGGAAUCAGCUGGUGCAGAGUCCCACAGAGACUCGCAGGCUCGCAGGUCACUAAAUGUUAUCUAACCUAAGUUCUGCUCAAGCUGCGACUAUUUCAUUAUAUAUUCAUUCAUUAUUUUGACGUCUUCAACGAUUCACUUCACUUGGAUUAUAUAAAAAGUGUCAGUUGUGACUUGGGGAGAAAAUAAUCUCAGACGAUUAACCGACUGACUGUUAAAUGGACGUCCUGCUGCCAGCUGCUGGAGCGUCGUGUAGAGACGAGUGGAGCGCAGUGAGCGCGUCAUCAGAAACUCGGACAUGUUGAAUAGUCCUGAAGUGAGUCCGUAGAUGUUGUCGUGUUGUGUGUCCCCCCCCCCGCGGUGUCCCCCUCUCUGCUGUGCCUUCUGAAUCCGUAACCGAACACUCACCGGUCUGCAGCGUCUGCAUGAUGAAGACGUUUUAAACCCCUCCUCCUCCUCCUUUCGUCUGUCUGGUGCUUCGAGGACCUGUGCUGCCUCCUCCACGUGAUGUCCAAUCAGUGUAAUAUAAUCUUAAUACUUGUCCUCUUGUUAAAUAAGACGUAGAUUAACGUACCAACAAUCACACAUUCACUCUCCUCUGGUGCUCCGAAACAAACCACGGACUCUCGGCGGCUGGCCGACUUGAAGCAAUACCAGCUCAGUGACUUUAGCUCCCUGCCGAGGUUAAAUGUUUGAUCUCCACUUUCUUAUUCCCGCCUGUAAUUUAUUCCACGCUUCACAGAGACAGACGGAGAGGACGUCUCAUGCUGCUGUGAUGUCUGUAGUUCAGGGGCUCUGAAACCUGGUGCUUCUCUCGUGUGGUUCCUACACAUCGUCCUCCUGAACCGAUCUCAGAUUUUAGAGACAUUUAUGUGCAUUAAAAAAAAAAAAAAAAAAUGUUCUAACCACAAACUGGGACCCUAAAGUGUGAAUAUAUCCAACAGAAAUGUGUAGGAACCCUUGUUUUUGUUUUUAUAAAAACCUUUUACUGCUGAUUUAAAUGAGCCUUUACCAUGUUCCUCCUCAGCUGCAUUUAAAGAACACGUGAAAACAGGUUUUCAUCCCACAGCAGUUGUUUUCAUUCAUGAACCUGCUGUGAAAUCAACUCUGGAGUUUCUCUCACUGAUGAUGAAGAGGUUGUGUGUUUUAUCUGUGAUUGGAGAGCCGGGUCACAUAAAGAGACCUUUGAAGCAUCAAAAUGUUUCCUAAAGUGUUUCAGUUAAUGAGGGGAAAAAAGCGUCCAAGCAGGAUCUAAUUUGAUUCUUUAAAACUGUAAAAACAAACCCGUUGCCCGGCUCUCCUGCAGGUUGUUUGUCGUUUCACUCUUCUUCUUUUCAAACCAGGACCACUUCUAUUUCCUCCGAUGACCCAGGUGCUGACUUUGUAAUGUUUACAGGGAUUUUGUUGUUCAAAGUGAUGCAGAUUAAAAUAUUAUACAUGUU